AUGCCUAACAGAAUUCAGCUUCAAUUCAAUUUGGCCAUAUCAGCUGGCUCAAAUUACGUAUUUAUAGGCGGAAAUUUUCAUCGAAUUCCCGAAAAUUCCACCAUUCGCUACACGAACUGGGCGAAUUCAAUGGACAAAUCCACAAUUCGUAAACAGAUUUACACUUCACAUGGUCCUACAUUAGUUGCUCCAACAUGGUUCAUCACAAGAAAAUUGUAUGAUAAAGUUGGAGGAUUUCAUGAACGUCUCACCAGCGGAUUUCCGGAAGACUUGCAUUUUUUCUAUAAAGCCUUAGACGUUGAAGAUGUUGUUUUCGACAAAGUUUCCGAAGAUGUUGUAAUGUAUCGAUAUCAUUCUGGCUGUUCUACCUUUGCAGUAGACGAGAAAUCUAUAUGGGACCUUCGAAUUGAAAGGAUCCGCAAGGAUUAUUUAGAAAAAUGGAGCAAAUUCACAAUAUGGAGCGCAGGAAAGCAAGGCAAACGUUUCUUCAAAUCCCUGAACGAAUCUGAAAAGGAGAAAGUUAUAGCAUUUGGUGAUAUUGAUGAAUCCAAGAUUCGGCGCGGCCUUCAUGAAGAAUUUAAUGAGAAAGAAAGACGCAUUACUCAUCGCAUUCCAAUAAUAGAUAUAAAAAAAGCGGUUCCACCACUUGUUGUUUGUGUGAAAUUGGACUUAACGAAUGGUGAUUUGGAGAAAAUCAUAAACGAGCAGCGUUGGAGAGAGCACGACGAUUUAGUGUAUUUUUCGUAG